GAUUUCCUCUUCAAGUUUCUUGUCAUCGGUAGCGCUGGAACUGGAAAGUCGUGUAUUUUACAUCAGUUUAUAGAGGGAAAGUGUAAGUGUCACUGUUUUAUCAUCAAACGCCAUGACCGAUCGCGAGUUGAGCUAUGUCAAAAAGGAACAAUUAAUGAUAUUGAUGCAUAAUUUUCGGCAUCCUGCUACUUCGUUCUUCAUCAUCUUUGUCAUUUCACACAAAGGCACGACAUUAACCUUAACAUUAAUUAUUUUUUGGGUAGUUAAACAAGAUUCUAGCCACACCAUCGGAGUAGAGUUUGGUUCUAAAGUUGUGAAUGUCGGAGGGAAGUCUGUGAAAUUGCAAAUUUGGGAUACUGCUGGGCAAGAAAGGUUCAGGUGGGUAAAUCAACAAAGUAAUGUUCACUCUAUCAGCUUCCUCUGAGAUGUACAUAUCCCUGCGAAUAGACACAACUUUUGGGGGUUGCUAUACAGAUGGUAGUUUUAAAAUUAGAUGCUUUAUAGCUUCUAGCAUUAAUUUGCAAAUUCACUGUUGAACAUAUGUGUUUGCAUUUUUUAUAUUAUAGCUAGUGUACCCUUUUAUUUAUAAGUAGGUACUUCUAAUGGGUAUUACCAAGUUCUUUUGAACCCAUCAGCUGUUAUCAUGAAUAAAUAGAGGGUGCUAUACAUGGCUGUGCAGAGAUGCAAAAUUUCUCUUCAAGUGUAGAAAAAAAAAUUCGAAAAUAUUUUCUUUACUCGCAGAGAAAAGCCUUGUAAUAUUUUACUUGCCAUUUAAACACCAAAGAAAAUGCUAAACCAUCCCACUUUAAAGACAGAAUUUAUCAUGUAAAAAUGACAGCAGUGAUCUUUUCAUGUGGUAGAUAACAUGUCACAUGUGAAGAUAUCACAUUUUCAUACAAGAGCUCUGCUGUUAUUUCAUUGAUGUCUACCAGUGUAUAACAAUGCUGUUUAUCAUAAUUACCCAAAUCAACCUAUCUCUAGUUUGUUGUUGUUUCUCACCCUAGCCAAUCCUCUGCAUGAGUGGAUAUUCUUGAGAUGCUCUCAAUUUUAUUUUCCCUCUCCUCCAAAAACACUCCCAAUGAUUUUAUCUGAAACACAGGAAGAAUAUGAAUGAUGUGAAUAACUCAUAAGAGGGCUGUAAGUCAUAACUCCUACUUAUUUUGCCUAUAAAACAAAUUUCACAUAUACCUACAUGCUUCCAUGCAUUAAUAAUUACCUUAUUUUGAUGUAAAAUGUUAGGUCUGUGACCAGAAGUUAUUACAGAGGAGCUGCAGGUGCCCUACUGGUUUAUGAUAUCUCAAGGUAAACUGUAAAAAAACAACUCUAAAAAGUAUGUUUAUUAUACAGUGUUUAAUUGGGCAUUGUUUUAAUAAGGCAUAAAUAUACUUUGGAAGGUGCCUCAAAUUCUGCAUUCUCAAUUUUUGCCUGCAUUUUUUCUACUUGUUAUAGUCGAGAAACAUACAACUCUCUAACAAAUUGGCUGACAGAUGCAAGGACACUUGCUAGUCCAAACAUCGUGAUCAUCCUCAUUGGGAACAAAAAAGACCUUGAUAGUGAUAGAGAAGUUACCUUUCUGGAGGCCAGCAGAUUUGCACAGGAAAAUGGUCAG